CUCUCUCUCUCCCCCCCCCCUCCUGCUUCUUCUGCCUCUUCCCUGCUGCGCCGCGAUUUAUAAACGGAGUUCGAUUGCGGCCGGCAGAGGAAAAAAAAAACAAAUAAAUUAGGACAUAACAAAAACCCUUGAAAACCUCAAAGGCCGUGCCUGAAUUUUUUCGCGUGCGCGGCCAAUAUGUACGGAUCGGAUAAAGUCUCCGAUGAGGCGGAUCGUACGGCUUUCCGGCGAGCGGAGAAGAAGUACAAGCUCUACUACAAACAGGAUUCCAAAUUCUCCAAGAAGAAGAAGCAGCCCAAACAGGUCGAUUUAUCGGACGUGUUAGAUUUCAAAUCCGCUCUUGAAGAUUACAUUAACAAGGGCGUGCUGCCUCAGGGGAUUAGGGUUACAAAAUGUGGGCUUGAUGAUACUCAGGUUUUCUAUCUCGAGAAUCACCCGGGGUUUUACUUCAUCCCUGGUGCAUUGGGUUUGGAGGAGCAAUGCAAAUGGAUCAAAGAGAGUUUGGCCAAUUUUCCACAGCCUCCCAAUAGAACCAACCACAAUGCGAUUUAUGGGCCAAUAAGCAACUUGUUUGAUGCAGCUAAAGAAAACAUGGUAUUAGUCCGGGAAGAUAAUCAACCUGAUAGUCAUGAUCCUGCUUCUGGUUCUUGUAUUAGUAAUGGAGAAUUCCACAGUUGGAAGUUCGUUGAUGAAGAUUUUGCAAAAGCAAAAGGAAAAACAUGGAAAACAGUUCCUGCUUCGGUUCUUUUAAGGAAGCUUCGAUGGAGUACCCUUGGUCUGCAGUUUGAUUGGUCCAAGCGGAAUUACGAUAUUUCACUCCCUCAUAACAAGAUCCCUGAUGCACUCUGCCAAUUAGUGAAGAGACUGGCAGCCAUUGCAAUGCCUGUCGGCGAGGAAUUCAGUCCGGAGGCUGCAAUCGUAAACUAUUUUGGUUUAGGCGACACCCUUGGUGGCCACCUUGAUGAUAUGGAAAGAGAUUGGAGUAAACCCAUAGUAAGCAUGAGCCUUGGAUGUAAAGCAAUUUUCCUUUUAGGAGGAAAAUCAAGAGAGGAACCUCCUCAAGCAAUGUUUCUCAGAAGUGGAGAUGUCGUACUCAUGGCUGGAGAAGCUAGAGAAUGCUUUCACGGCGUACCUCGUGUCUUCACAGAUGAAGAAAAUGCAGAAAUCGGCCCACUUGAAUCAGCCUUGUCUCAUGGAAGUGACAGUUCUUUCCUAGAAUACAUCAAAACUUCGAGGAUCAAUAUAAACAUCAGGCAAGUUUUCUGAGUGAUUUUCUCAUCGGCUGCCCUCGGAAUUUCGCUAGACCUUCAACAUAUUCUCUUACAAGCCAAUGGAUUCAAGAACCGUCAUCUGCUCCAGAUGGGACAUCAAAGUUAAACUAACGUUGCAGGUAUUAUCAAAAGAUCUGACAAGGGUUUCUCCUCCUGUUUUUUUUACAUGUUUUUUCUAUAUGUGUUUGAGGUAGAGAGAGGACUGACUAAUGAACAUGAACUCCCUCCGGUAAAAUUAUUUUUUCACCGUAUGGGAUUGGGGUAAUUCUAUAAACUCACAUGUCAAGAUCUCUGUAGUUCAGAUAAGCAUAUAUCGGAUGUAUAUCCCACAUCGAUCAGUUUCUUGAACAGGAAAUCCAAACCCUUUUUUUUUCUU